AAAAGGAUUCGGGAGGAUGGACGGAACAGACACUGAAAACCAUCCAAGAGACAAUAUCCAGGAAUUCUUAAAUGCAGUUGAAAAUCGCAAAUUUUUUGAGGGUACCAAAGACAUUGAUGGAAAGGAUUUGUCUGCAAAAUUGGCUCAGCUCAGUCAGGCAAAGACUCAGAUCAAAGAGGCUUUUUCAUUGCAAACAGUGUCCAAGGAAAUGUUUCUCAAGUAUCUGUGUCAAGACUUCAACAGUUGGCCAACACAGCAAAUUCAGUCAGAGGAUCCACAGAUGCAGGAGGUCACCCAGAAACUAAAAUCCUGUAAAGGUGCCAUUGAACAAGAGAAGGCAACUGCUACAGAACUAGCAGCUUGUGCUGAGGAUGGUUACGAAAUGCUGAAGUCAAAGAUCUCAAGCCUGAAAGAUAUUCUUUUGAAAAGAGAACAGAAGCGGAAAGAAUUACAAGAUUUGAGGAAUAAGAUGACAGGUGGUGGAAAAGUUUCAAAGAAUCUAAAGGAAGUCAUUCAGAAACAGAAAGAUGAGAAAGUACAAGUAGAUGCAGAGAUAGCAAUGAGACAGGCGUCACUAUCAGAAGCAAAAGCCAGCCAUGACAGACUACAACAAGACGUGGCAGCUCUCCAAGAGAAGUUAAAAAGACAGGAGGAAGAAAUCCAUAAAUCUCACUCUGAAGCAGUCAAGAAACAAACACUCUUAACAGAAAAAAUUAAACAGGAAACAGAACUCUGUGAAUAUAUCAGAAAGUUGUCUGGGAUCCGGGAGAUCCAGACAGAGGAUACAGAUUCCAUGUGCCUGGGAUUUGUCCAUGAAGAGGAGGAAGAUCCCAGCCUCAUUCUCACAAUGAAUCUGGCAGCUGAUCCCACUGACAGAGUGUAUUUGAAAGGAGCAGAGGUUAAACCUGGCUACAGAUAUUACGUGAAUGUCCAGUCACUGCCCACAGAGGACUUAAUCAGAGUGGCCGUCCAGAAAAAUGACCCUGUUUGGCUGGUUCACUCACUGAGAGAACUCUGGAUUUCCUAUCAUCCCAUUGUGUCAGAGGUCAAAAAGCUCUCAGAGAGGCAUGCAGUUGACUGGAUCCAGGAAGAGGGUGUUGUAAGGGUCCUCAUGGGGAAAAGGGGUACAGUAAUAUGUACCUUGUCUGUACCAAAGACAUACCCCCAGGAGGGUAAUGUUUCUCUGGUCAGUGUACAUGGGGGAUAUGGAGAGGAAAACACUAUGGAUGUUGAUGAAACAGUAGAGAACAAAACACUACAGCAGUGGGUAGACUAUUUAGAAGCCAAAUAUGGGAAUUGUUAGAAACAGUGAGAGGAGGACCUGAACAUUGUACAUACAUGUAGUACUUUACACUUAUGGCCUGUGUUAGAAAUAUUUCUAAAAUUUAUUACAGGUAAUUUUAAUGUGACUAGUUUGUAAGUUAAACAAAACCCCUGUGUAUAUUUCCAAUUUGAGGAUGUGUACUGAAAUUCUACAUAAAAUAAAACAACAAAUGUCACAUUCUUUCCAAAAGAAAUUUAUUAUAAAAAAUGUUUUCAAAAACAGACAUCACUUCAAUAUAAAUAUAAUUUUCACCAAUUGGUUGAAAUAUUGUUGAUGUGAAAUGAACAUGUA